AAGCAUGAGAGGCCGGAGGCGUACAGAGGAAAGGUAGCUCCAACUUCCAAGAGUUGGUUACAAAGAUAAUCAAAUACGUAACGAAUGAAGCAACUCCCUUGUCCCAUGCCAUCACGCCUAUACCACUCACCUCCACUCUUUCCUGGUUCUUCCCAAUCCCAUGAGAGAGAGAGAGAGAGAGAGAGAGAGAGAGAGAGAGAGAGAGAGAGAGAGAGAGAGAGAGAUUCUGAUCCCAUAUUGUCCCCAUCAUGGCUACUCCCUCCCCGUACGUAGUAGACGACUGCCGGGGUGUUCUCCAAGUUUUCAGCGACGGUUCGAUCACCCGGUCCGCCAAACCCAGCUUCAACAUCCCGGUCCACGACGACGGCUCAGUCCUAUACAAGGACUCCCUCUUCGACCCGACCCACGACCUCCACCUCCGACUCUACAAGCCGGCUCAGCCCCCCUCCGGUCACAAGCUCCCGAUCCUCUACUACAUCCACGGCGGAGGCUUCUGCAUCGGCUCCCGCGCCUGGCCCAACUGCCAGAACUACUGCCUCCGGCUCGCUUCGGACCUCCGGGCCGUGGUCGUCUCCCCCGACUACCGGCUGGCUCCCGAGAACCUGCUCCCGGCCGCCGUGGAAGACGGCUUCGCGGCCGUGAAGUGGCUCCGGGAUCAAGCCGAGUCGGAGGAGCCAGACUCGUGGCUGGCUGACGUGGCGGACUUUAGCCGGGUGUUUAUUUCAGGCGACUCGGCUGGUGGGAAUAUUGCCCAUCAUUUGGCUGUUCGGCUCGGAGCCGGCUCGACCGAGUUGGGGCCGGUUCGGGUUAGGGGGUAUGUGCUUUUGGCACCUUUCUUUGGUGGAACGGUUCUCACGAGGUCUGAGGCUGAAGGGCCAACAGAUGCUUUUCUCAAUUGGGAACUCAUUGACAGGUUUUGGAGGCUAUCGAUACCAGUUGGAGAGACUACAGAUCACCCACUCGUGAACCCAUUCGGACCGGCUAGCCCUCCUCUCGAACGACUGGACCUUGAUCCGAUUCUCGUGGUGGUCGGGGGCGCUGAUCUACUGAAAGACAGGACCGAGGACUACGCGAAGAAGUUGAAAAGUUGGGGAAAGAAGGUGGAGUACGUGGAGUUCGAAGGGAAGCAACAUGGCUUCUUCACCAUUGAUCCUAACUCACAUGCCGCGAAAGAGUUGAUGCUAAUCAUCAAACAGUUCAUCGCUGCGAAUUCCAGCUAAUGCAAAAUAGGAAGGAAAACAAGAACUUGUUUCACUGCACAUGCAGAUGUUUGUUUGGAGCUCUUUCUCCCAUGUUAAUUUGUUUAGUUUCCUCCUCUUAUGCAAUUUGGGAAUUGGUAAGUUUGGAAGGAAGAUUGGACAUGAAAUGCAUUUGGAUCGACUGAUCAAUACAAUUAUCAAGUUCCUCGAACCAAAUCGGAUUCGAUUCCAAUUACGAGAAAUUAACCUUUUGAUGUUCAA